AUGGCGCAGAUCCUCCCCAUCCGUUUCCAGGAGCACUUCCAGGUGAGAUCAGGGCUCCGUCGCCGAGACCCGGCCGGCUACAGGGCGGGUCGCGCGCUCCGUCCUGUCAGCCGCGCCCCCCGCCGCCCCGCCUCCCGGGGGACCGGGCGGGAGCCGCUGACUGGCCGGCCGGCCAGACCUCCGGCCCCUGGCCCUGGACCCCGACUCCAGUGGACGCGGCGGGGCGCACAUACCCGGGCCGGUCGGGGUGAGCGGGCUGGUGUCUGGGCGCGCCGGCCGCUCCAAAACCUGGGAAUUAAUCCAGCCAACAUUGGAUUCAGUACACUGACCAUGGAAUCUGAUAAGUUUGUAUGUGUCCGAGAGAAGGUUGGUGAACAGGCUCAGGUAGUGAUUAUUGACAUGAACGAUCCAAUGGCGCCGAUCAGGCGGCCCAUCUCUGCUGAAAGUGCCAUCAUGAAUCCAGCCUCUAAGGUGAUAGCUCUGAAAGCUGGGAAGACACUUCAAAUCUUUAAUAUUGAAAUGAAGAGUAAAAUGAAGUCUCAUACAAUGGCAGAAGAGGUGAUAUUCUGGAAAUGGGUCUCUGUAAACACUGUUGCCUUGGUGACUGAGACCACAGUCUACCACUGGAGCAUGGAAGGCGACUCUCAACCUGUGAAGAUGUUUGAUAGACAUGCCAGUCUGGCAGGGUGCCAGAUGAUCCACUACCGGACUGAUGAGUACCAGAAGUGGCUGCUCCUCAUUGGCAUCUCAGCUCAGCUCCAAAACCUGGGAAUUAAUCCAGCCAACAUUGGAUUCAGUACACUGACCAUGGAAUCUGAUAAGUUUGUAUGUGUCCGAGAGAAGGUUGGUGAACAGGCUCAGGUAGUGAUUAUUGACAUGAACGAUCCAAUGGCGCCGAUCAGGCGGCCCAUCUCUGCUGAAAGUGCCAUCAUGAAUCCAGCCUCUAAGGUGAUAGCUCUGAAAGCUGGGAAGACACUUCAAAUCUUUAAUAUUGAAAUGAAGAGUAAAAUGAAGUCUCAUACAAUGGCAGAAGAGGUGAUAUUCUGGAAAUGGGUCUCUGUAAACACUGUUGCCUUGGUGACUGAGACCACAGUCUACCACUGGAGCAUGGAAGGCGACUCUCAACCUGUGAAGAUGUUUGAUAGACAUGCCAGUCUGGCAGGGUGCCAGAUGAUCCACUACCGGACUGAUGAGUACCAGAAGUGGCUGCUCCUCAUUGGCAUCUCAGCUCAGCAAAACCGUGUCGUUGGGGCAAUGCAGCUCUACUCUGUGGAUAGGAAGGUUUCACAACCCAUAGAAGGCCAUGCUGCUGCUUUUGCAGAGUUCAAGAGUGAGGGGAAUGCCAAGCCUGCCACCCUUUUCUGCUUUGCUGUACGGAGUCCUGCAGGGGGCAAGUUGCACAUAAUUGAAGUCGGACAGCCUGCAGCAGGAAACCAGCCUUUCGUAAAGAAAGCUGUGGAUGUGUUUUUUCCUCCAGAGGCUCAGACUGAUUUCCCAGUGGCUAUGCAGAUUGGAGCUAAACAUGGUGUUAUUUACUUGAUCACAAAGUAUGGCUAUCUUCAUCUGUAUGAUCUAGAGUCUGGAGUGUGCAUCUACAUGAACCGUAUUAGUGCUGACACGAUCUUUGUCACUGCUCCACAUGAACCUACUUCUGGAAUUAUCGGUGUCAACAAAAAGGGACAAGUGCUGUCCAUUUGUGUUGAGGAAGAUAACAUUGUGAAUUAUGCAACCAAUGUGCUUCAGAAUCCAGACCUUGGUCUGCGUUUGGCCAUUCGUAGCAACCUGGCUGGGGCGGAGGAGUUAUUUGUGAGAAAAUUCAGUACUCUCUUUGCACAGGGGAGCUAUGCUGAAGCCGCCAAAGUAGCAGCAUCUGCACCAAAGGGAGUCCUACGUACCAGUGACACUGUUCGAAAGUUCCAGAGUAUUCCUGCCCAGCCUGGGCAGGCUUCUCCUUUGCUCCAGUACUUUGGAAUCCUGCUUGAUCAGGGUCAGCUCAAUAAACUUGAAUCCUUAGAACUUUGCCGUCCAGUGCUUCAGCAGGGACGCAAGCAACUCUUAGAAAAGUGGCUGAAAGAAGAUAAGCUGGAGUGUUCAGAAGAACUUGGAGAUUUGGUCAAAACUGCUGACCCUACACUUGCUCUGAGUGUGUAUCUUCGAGCGAAUGUGCCGAGCAAAGUUAUCCAGUGUUUUGCAGAAACAGGCCAAUUCCAAAAAAUUGUCCUUUAUGCCAAAAAGGUUGGCUAUGUCCCAGACUGGAUCUUUUUGCUGAGGAGUGUGAUGAGGAUCAGUCCAGACCAGGGCCUGCAAUUUUCUCAAAUGCUAGUGCGAGAGGAAGAGCCGUUGGCCAACAUUGACCAGAUUGUAGAUGUUUUCAUGGAAAACAGUUUAAUUCAGCAGUGCACUUCCUUCUUGUUGGAUGCCUUGAAGAAUAAUCGCCCAGCUGAGGGGCAUCUCCAGACUCGCCUGUUGGAGAUGAAUCUGAUUCAUGCACCCCAGGUUGCAGAUGCCAUUCUUGGAAAUCAGAUGUUUACUCAUUAUGAUCGGGCCCACAUUGCACAGCUCUGUGAGAAGGCGGGCCUCCUGCAGCGUGCACUGGAGCACUACACGGACCUCUACGACAUCAAGAGGGCUAUGGUCCACACUCACCUCCUCAAUCCCGAGUGGCUCGUCAGCUUCUUUGGCUCCUUGUCAGUGGAAGAUUCUUUGGCGUGUCUUCAUGCUCUGCUGUCUGCCAGCAUCAGACAGAACCUUCAGCUGUGUGUGCAGGUGGCCUCCAAGUACCACGAGCAGCUGGGCACACAGUCCUUGGUGGAGCUCUUUGAAUCCUUCAAGAGUUACGAAGGCCUCUUCUACUUCCUGGGCUCAAUUGUAAACUUCAGCCAAGAUCCAGAUGUGCACUUGAAAUAUAUUCAGGCUGCCUGUAAGACGGGGCAGAUCAAGGAGGUGGAGAGGAUAUGCCGGGAGAGUAAUUGCUACAACCCAGAGCGGGUGAAGAACUUCCUGAAGGAGGCCAAGCUCACAGACCAGCUUCCCCUCAUCAUCGUGUGUGAUCGGUUUGACUUUGUCCAUGACCUUGUCCUAUACUUGUACCGCAACAACCUGCAGAAGUACAUCGAGAUCUACGUUCAGAAGGUCAACCCUAGCCGGAUCCCUGCUGUGGUUGGAGGGCUGCUUGAUGUGGAUUGUUCUGAGGAAGUAAUUAAAAACUUAAUCAUGGUGGUGAGAGGACAGUUCUCUACUGAUGAGCUGGUGGCUGAAGUAGAAAAAAGAAACAGGCUAAAGCUGCUGCUUCCCUGGCUGGAGUCCCGGAGUCACGAAGGCUGUGAAGAGCCUGCCACUCACAAUGCACUUGCUAAGAUCUACAUCGACAGCAACAAUAGCCCCGAGCGCUUCCUGAGAGAGAACAUUUACUACGACAGCCGUGUGGUGGGCCGCUACUGUGAGAAGCGGGACCCACAUCUGGCCUGUGUUGCCUAUGAGCGGGGGCAGUGUGACCUUGAGCUCAUCAAGGUUUGCAAUGAGAAUUCUUUGUUCAAAAGUGAGGCCCGCCACCUAGUGCGCAGGAAGGAUCCAGAGCUCUGGGCUCACGUCCUUGAGGAGACCAACCCAUCCAGGAGACAGCUGAUCGACCAGGUGGUACAGACGGCAUUGUCAGAAACACAGGAUCCUGAAGAGGUCUCAGUCACUGUCAAGGCCUUCAUGACAGCUGAUCUGCCUAAUGAACUGAUUGAACUGUUGGAGAAGAUUGUUCUGGAUAACUCCGUCUUCAGUGAGCACAGGAAUCUCCAGAAUCUGCUGAUCCUGACUGCCAUCAAGGCGGACCGCACGCGGGUCAUGGAAUACAUCAGCCGCCUGGACAACUAUGAUGCCCCAGACAUUGCAAAUAUCGCCGUCAGCAGUGCACUGUAUGAGGAGGCCUUCGCCAUCUUCCGCAAGUUUGACGUGAAUGCCUCAGCAAUCCAGGUCCUGAUCGAGCACAUUGGAAACCUAGACCGAGCAUACGAGUUUGCAGAGAGAUGCAAUGAGCCUGCUGUGUGGAGUCAGCUGGCCCGCGCCCAGCUCCAGAAAGACUUGGUGAAAGAAGCCAUCGACUCCUACAUUAGAGCUGAUGACCCUUCCUCUUACCUCGAGGUCGUUCAGGCAGCCAGCAGGAGCAACAAUUGGGAGGAUCUAGUUAAAUUUCUACAGAUGGCCAGGAAAAAAGGCCGUGAAUCCUAUACAGAGACUGAACUUAUUUUCGCCCUGGCUAAAACCGGCCGUCUGUCUGAGCUAGAAGAUUGUAUUAAUGGACCCAACAAUGCUCACAUCCAGCAGGUUGGAGACCGCUGUUACGAGGAGGGAAUGUAUGAGGCCGCCAAGCUGCUGUACAGCAGUGUUUCUAACUUUGCCCGCCUGGCUUCCACCCUCGUACACCUCGGGGAGUAUCAGGCAGCGGUGGACAGCAGCCGCAAGGCCAACAGCACACGGACGUGGAAGGAGGUGUGCUUUGCCUGCGUGGAUGGGCAGGAGUUCCGCCUUGCACAGCUGUGUGGUCUUCACAUUGUCAUUCACGCAGAUGAGCUGGAGGAGCUAAUACGCUAUUACCAGGAUCGGGGGUACUUUGAGGAACUGAUCUCUCUGCUGGAGGCGGCCCUGGGCCUGGAGCGGGCCCACAUGGGCAUGUUCACAGAGCUGGCCAUCCUCUACUCCAAAUUCAAGCCUCAGAAGAUGCCAGAGCACCUGGAGCUCUUCUGGUCCCGAGUCAACAUCCCAAAGGUGCUGAGAGCUGCAGAGCAGGCGCACCUCUGGGCAGAGCUGGUGUUCCUCUAUGACAAGUACGAAGAGUACGACAAUGCCGUCCUUACCAUGAUCAAUCACCCUACUGACGCCUGGAGGGAAGGGCAGUUCAAGGAUGUCAUUGCCAAGGUUGCCAAUGUGGAGCUCUACUAUAAAGCCCUGCAGUUCUAUUUGGAUUACAAACCUCUGCUCAUCAAUGACCUGUUGCUUGUGCUGGCACCCCGGCUAGACCACACCCGGACUGUUGGCUUCUUUUCAAAGGCAGGCCAGUUGCCCCUAGUGAAGCCUUACCUACGGUCAGUCCAGAGCCACAACAACAAGAGUGUGAAUGAAGCCCUCAACCACCUACUGACAGAAGAGGAGGAUUACCAGGGUUUGAGGGCAUCUAUUGAUGCCUAUGACAACUUUGACAACAUCGCCCUGGCACAGCAGUUGGAGAAGCACCAGCUGAUUGAGUUUAGGCGCAUUGCAGCUUAUCUAUACAAGGGCAACAACCGGUGGGCCCAGAGUGUGGAGCUCUGCAAGAAGGACCGUCUCUACAAGGACGCUAUGCAGCAUGCUGCAGAGUCCAGAGAUGCCGAGCUGGCUGAGAAGCUGCUGCAGUGGUUCCUGGAUGAGGGCAAGCGGGAGUGCUUCGCGGCUUCUCUCUUCACCUGCUAUGACCUGCUUCCCCCGGAUGUGGUGCUGGAGCUGGCCUGGAGACACAACCUGGUGGACCUGGCCAUGCCCUACUUCAUCCAGGUGAUGAGGGAGUACCUUAGCAAAGUAGACAGACUGGACGCUUCGGAGAGCCUGCGCAAGCGAGAGGAGCAUGUGGCGGAGCCCGCCCCUCUCCUGUUCGGCCAGCAGCUGAUGCUGACAGCAGGCCCUGGGGCAGGCCCUGCCCCUGCUGGCUUCCCCUAUGGAUAUGCUGCUGCACCUGCCUUCGCCCAGCCUCCUGUGUACGGCUUCAGUGUGUAGUGGGCGCUCAGUGGCAACACACCUCUAUGGGGAUAACCUCAAGGAGCGUGUCACCCCGAAAGCACAGAGGACCCUGAUGGGAGGCAGGGACACCUGGACAUUAUUUAUUUUGGUUGAGGCCCGGUGAUCGCAGCCUCUAAGCCAUCCCCAAACCAGGGGAGGCCAGGGUGGCCACUGACUGCCCAAGAAGAACAGCUCUGGUGGACUUCUGCCUCCUAGCUCUCUUCCUGGGAAGUUCUCUGCAGGGAUUCCCCGCCCUUAGUGGGAGGGGCGACCAGCUUUCCCUCUGCACGGGCGGAGCUGCCCCCUCCAGGCCGCUUUGCAGACGCAACUGAAAGGACCUUCUAACCCGGCCCUGAGCCUCCUACCGAUCAUGAAUAUUAAAGUCGGUUUAUCAAGG